AGUUUCUAGAGUUUUAUGUUAUUGAUCCAUCUGAAGACAGAACCUAAAUGUACAGCGGCCUUCGGGAGGCGAAGGAGGCCAUUCUAAGUCACGUCAAGCAGAUCAUGCUGCUUUUUAAACGUCUCCUGAAAUGUAACUGUGAUUGAAGUAGGACACAGAUGUAGCUGGCACAUUUUGCAGUAUCUCUUUUUGCACUUGAAGCUGAGGGUCAGUAUCGACUGGCUCCAAAGUCUGAUUGUUUAAACAUGCCUACAUUAGGUUUUUACCUGCACCUUUGCACAGAUUAUUAAUUAUUAUAGCUGAGCAGCACAUUGCUGCUUUGAAGCAACUGACUUUAAAUGAUUAUAGUAGACAUUCAUAAAAGACGUAUUAACCUUCAUCAGAUUUAUUUUAUUUUUGACAAUUCAAUAAUCCUGACACAACAUUUUGUUCCCUUAUGCAAGUGUAACCCGUCUGAUAGGUUGGUCAGUGACCCCUCUGCGUGCCGUGGGUAUUCCCAGCUCUGUCAGUGGGAGUAUAAAGUCACAGGGACUGACAGAGCUGAUUUGACUGAUUUCUUCGUUCUCUUCUUCAGCUACGGGAGCAGUGAACAAAAACAGCCACUCUUUUGAUUAACAUGCGCUGGUCUGGGUUGGGGACUGUGUUCCUGCUGUGUUGUGCAGCUGUGUGUGUGUCUGGGAUGAGAAGAGUUUACUUCCUCAAGAUAGAGGAGGUGUCCUGGAACUAUGCGCCGAGUGGGAAGAACAUCAUACAGAACCGCACACUGGAGCAGGAUGAAGAAGCGGCCGUCUUUCUGCAGCCGGGCCCCCAGCGCAUCGGCUCCACGUACAAGAAGGCUGUGUACAAGCAGUACUCUGACGCCACCUACAGAACAGAGGUGAUGAAACCAGACUGGCUGGGCUACCUGGGGCCCGUGCUGAUGGCUGAGGAGGGGGACACUGUGAUCGUCCACCUGAAGAAUGCAGCCUCCAGACCGUACAGCGUCCACCCGCACGGAGUCAACUACACCAAGGGCAACGAGGGAGCCUUGUACCCAGACGGCACCAGCCCGGAUCUGAAGCGUGACGACUCAGUCGCUCCUGGUGCAACACAAACAUAUGAGUGGACCCUCCCAGAAUCCCACAGUCCAAAGGCACAAGAUGGCAACUGCCUGACCAGAUUCUACCAUUCCCACGUCAGUCCACCCAAAGACAUCGCAUCAGGGCUGAUCGGACCCUUCAUCACCUGCAAACCAGGUGUUCUGGACGUACACGGUGACAGUUCAGGAGACUACAUGUACGCGCUGCUGUUCAUGGUCUCAGAUGAGAACUUCAGCUGGUACCUGGAUGACAACAUCAGGACCAACAUCAGAGCUCCUCCCACUAACCUGAAGGAGGACGACGACUUCAUCGAGAGCAACAAGAUGCACGCUAUAAACGGUUAUGUCUUUGGAAACCUGCCCGGACUGAGCAUCUGCCAAGGCAAGAAGGUCCACUGGUACCUGAUCGGCUUAGGGAACGAGGUGGACAUGCAUUCCGUCCAUUUUCAUGGUCAAAUCCUGACAGCAGAGCAGCGCCACACAGACACCGUCAGCCUCUUCCCUGCGUCCAGCGUCACAGCGGAGAUGGUAGCCGACAACACGGGGCACUGGCUGCUGACCUGCGACGUCAACGACCACCUGACGGCCGGCAUGCAGGCCUUGUUUGAGGUCAAGAAGUGUUUCCCCCACGUCCAUAAGCCGCGGCCGUACGGGGAGCUCAGACAGUUCUUCAUCGCUGCUGAAGAGGAGGAGUGGGACUACGCUCCCAGCGCCCCCACUGAUGAAGAGGCUCAGAUGUUUGUAACCAGAAGUGGAAACCGCAUCGGAAGCCGGUACAAGAAGGUUCGCUACGUGGAGUACACCGACAACACCUUCACAACAAAGCUUCUCCGCAGCCAACAGGAGCAGCACCUUGGCAUUCUGGGUCCUGUGCUGCGAGCUGAGGAGAAGGACACCAUCAAGGUGGUGUUCAAGAACAAAGCCAGCAGGCCGUACUCCGUCCAGCCACACGGCGUUCAGUACGAUAUAGAACAAGACGGGACGCUGUAUCACAACGAGCUGGAAGAGUCGUACACAGAGAAGAAACUGAGAGAGUUAAAGAAAGAGACAAGGGUGGUGACUCCUACCCCAGCUGCUCUGGUGAAACCCGGGACCAUGCACACGUACGAGUGGACGGUUCCUGUGGGAGCUGGUCCAGUUCAGGGAGAGGCCGACUGCCUGUCCUACAUCUACUACUCAGCAGUGGACAACGUCAGAGACACCAACUCUGGACUGGUUGGACCGCUCCUCAUCUGUCGACAGGGGUCGCUGAAGAAAGGAGUACAGAAAAACUAUGACAAAGAGUUCCACCUUUUGGCCACAGCGUUUGAUGAAAACCUGAGCUGGUAUCUGGACGACAACAUCAAGGCCUUCACCACGGCUCCCUUAACUAUUAAGGAGAACGCAGACUUUCAGGAGAGCAACAAGAUGCAUGCCAUCAACGGCUUUGUGUACAACAACCUUCCAGGCCUGACCAUGUGUAAGGGCGAUAAAGUGACCUGGCACUUGUCAGGUCUGGGGUCAGAGACGGACAUCAACAGCCUCUACUUCCAGGGAAACCGCUUCAUCUAUCGCCAGAACAGACGGGACUCCAUCAGCCUUUUCCCUCACGUCUCCCACACGGUCACCAUGGAGCCGGACAGCAUGGGUCAGUUUGAAGUGGUGUCUCCUACAGUGAACAACUACCGUGGUGGGAUGAGAGCGAACUACACGGUACAGAAGUGCAGCGUCUUUCAGCGUCAGGGUGAGAUAAUGCUAAGCUCCAAAAACUACUACAUCGCUGCCGUGGAAAUAGACUGGGACUACUCUCCGAACCGCACGUGGGAAGCUGAGAUGUUCCGUGGCCAAGAGAAUCCCGCCCCGGUCUUUGUGGACCAGCAGGGGGGGCUCAUAGGCUCCCGCUACAAGAAGGUGGUCUACCGCCAAUACACCGACAACAAGUUCAGCAAACAGGUGGAGGUAACUGCUGAGACGGAGCAUCUUGGCAUUCUGGGGCCGAUGAUUCACGCCAAGGUGGGCGACAAAGUAAACGUGUUCUUCAAAAACAUGGCAUCCAGACCCUAUUCUAUUCACGCCCAUGGAGUCAAGACAGACACCCCAGAGGUUCAACUGACCCAACCAGGUGAAACAAACACCUACACCUGGUAUAUUACAAAGAACACGGGACCAACGGCAGAGCAGGAGGAGUGCGCCGUGACAGCGUACUACUCCACCGCUGAUGUAGUGAAGGACCUGUACAGUGGCCUGAUUGGUCCCUUGGUGAUCUGUCAGACUAGCAUCACCAGGUUACUGGGACUGAAAAAGUCGGUGGAAGAGUUUGCUCUGCUUUUUUUGGUUUUUGAUGAGAAUGAAAGUUGGUAUCUGGAUGAAAAUAUCAAGACCCAUGUUAGAAACCCUCGACCAAACCUGAAGGAUGACGAAACAUUUAUAGAGAGCAAUAAGUUGCAUGCCAUUAAUGGGUAUGUGUACGGCAACCUGAACGGCUUAAACAUGGAGGUGGAUGAGAAGGUGUACUGGUACCUGAUGGGAAUGGGCAACGACGUGGACAUACACACCGUUCACUGGCAUGGCCACAGUGUGGAGUACAAGCUGGGUGGAGGUCCUCACCAGGCUGACGUGUUCGAGCUGUUUCCAGCCACCUUCCAGACCGUAAAGAUGCGUCCUAAGUAUCCUGGUACAUGGCUGCUGCACUGCCACGUCGUUGAUCACAUCAAGGCUGGAAUGGAGGCCAUGUACACGGUCACUGAACCAGAUGUCGUGAAGGUGGAAACGCUGGUGCAGUAUAAAAGUGGAGCAGAGGCAUUUGAAGCAGUAUCAUCACGAGGAAACCAACCUACAUCCCAGCUUUUACCUGCUCAUCACGAUGAAGAUGAUCCUUCCUCUGACUCUCAUUGUGACGCUCUUCAGCACAGCUGGAGCUCUUCAGUGUGAAACCUGCACAAACACCCAGUGUUCAAGCACAGCUCCAGUGACCUGUACCUCAGAGACCAUGUGUGUAACAGCUUCCAUCCAAGCCACUUCAUCUGGAACUACAGUGUCACAGAUCUUCAAGGCCUGUGCGUCGUCCUCCUUGUGUCCAGCUGCAGGAAAUCAGACAUUUUCACUGGAUCUGAGAGCUUACAGUGCUUUCACCUCUGCUCAGUGCUGCAACACAG